CCGGCAUGGUCGCGGCGGAGCUCAACUGAACUGAGAAAGGAACGAAUCAGUUCAUGAAGUGAUUCGGUUCAGUACGUUCACUCAAAAGAUUCGUUCUUUCGAACGAAUCGUUCGCGAACGACACAACACUAGUGGCAAAGCGGAAAGUCCAAGAUGGCGGACUAAGCGGCGUGGCUUGCCGGAGAAGUUUCACAUUUACGAUCUUAUAGAUUCAAAAAUAGCAUCAAAUACCUCAACUAUUCGCCACCAAACGCACUUUGAGUGUGGAGCGAUGGCGUGUUAUCUGAAGUGAAGAUUGAAGACGUGAUAGAAGAUGGACGACUACUGCUAUGCUAAGAUGGCGACGUCCGCUAAAAGAGAACAUGAGAGAGAAUCAGCGCCACCAACGGAGAUAAAGAUGAAAAGCGAAGACGAAGACGUCCAGCAGCUGAUCGGUAAUCCAGAAGAAGUUUCCCCUCAGUUAGGGGGGAGCUCCACUUUGAAGCAGGAGACUCCACAACCACCCUGCAUUAAAAAGGAAGAGGAGGAACUCUGCAUCACUCAGGAGGGAGAGUGUCUUCUAGGACGAGAGGAAGCUGAUUACACCAAGUUUCCACUGAGUAUUCUCUCUGUGAAGACUGAAGAUGAUGAAGAGAAACCACAAGUAGACAACCUCUUAGCUCCACUAUCAGAUCGUGAGGCUAAAGACGAGGUUGAAGAACCUUUGAGCAGAGAUAAAGACUGUGAAGGUGAUAUGAGGACUCACACUGACAACAAACACUCUGAAUGCUCUACAAAGAAAAUAGGUAAAACAUGUUUGAGCUGUUCAAUUUGUGCUGAAAGUUUUAUUUUAAAGGGCCACUUAAAUCAACACAUGAAGACACACACAGGUGAAAAACCAUUUAAUUGUUCAGUUUGUGGCAAAAGCUUUUCUAAAAAUGUCCACUUGACUAAUCACAUGACAACACACACAGGAGAAAAAACACUUAAAUGUUCAGUUUGUGGUAAAAGCUUUAAUCGAAAUUGCCAUUUGACUCAACACUUGAGAACACACACAGGUGAAAAACCAUUUAAUUGUUCAGUUUGUGACACAAGCUUUUCUCAAAGUGGCCAUUUGACUCAACACAUGAGAACACACACAGGUAAAAAAACAUUUAAUUGUUCAGUUUGUGGCAAAAGCUUUUCUACUAAGAGCAUAUUGACUAAACACAUGAGAACACACACAGGUGAAAAACCAUUUAACUGUUCAAUUUGUGGUGAAAGCUUUUCUAUUAAGAACCGUUUGACUGAACACAUGAGAACACACACUGGCGAAAAACCAUUUAGUUGUUCAGUGUGCUGUAAAAGGUUCACACAUAAAGCAGACGCAGUAAAACACACAAGAACACACAAGAGAAAAUAACCAAUUAGCUGUUUAGUUUGUGGUAUGUUGCUCAUAUGUGGUGACAUCCCACUGCUCCCCAAGGGGAUGGGACAAAGGCAGAGGACAAAUUUCACCACAUCUAGUGUGUGUGUGACAAUCAUUGGUACUUUAAUCUUUAAUCCACCUUACCCAGGACCUCCUCACUGCUUCUUUCACAAAUAUCUGAGGUAUUCAUACAAACUUGGAUUAUUUGGAGCAUAAUCUUAUCCACUCAUGACCCCAUGUCUUCUCUGUAUCUGAAACCUUCCUGAACAGUAAGAUAGAUGAUGCUUCAAGUGCUUGGUUACUCCUUCUUCAGUCCAGGGACCUGGGGCCUCAUGUGUCAAGUUUGUGCACGCUCAAAAACCUGCACUACACCCUUUUUCACUGCAAAGUUGAGAUGUAUCAAAACUGACAUAAUUAAAAUGCAGCAUGAGACACUGCACACUGAUAUAGUUCUGUGAAAAUGAUUGUCUUCUGUGCAAAUGUAAAGAAAGUGAACAGUGUGUGAUUUACUGCAAUACUGUCAGUCUUUUAACUUUUUAUUUGUGCUUUGUUGAAAUUGUUCACACAUUGCACAGCUUUUAUUUUUCUAUCAAUACACAUUAUGUCUAGAAGACAGGAAGUAACUCAACACUCUUGAAUAGUUUCUACCUCAGUUUGUAUGGUUUGUUGAGUUAGCACAGGAUUAAUAUGUGGAAAUGACAAAUGAGGUAGUUGAUACAUAGAAUAGUUUUUAUUCAUGCUUUAUUUAGUUUUUUGUUCAAUCCUAGAUGGG